CCCCGGAAACGGAAGCUGAUGCUCCUUCCGGGCGGCGGAUUUGGGAGAUUACAUUGUCGCCAGUAGCGCCUCUGAGGAGGUGUGGUCGCGGUGGUCAUGCCGUCUGAGGGUCGUUGCUGGGAGACCCUGCAGGCGCUGCGCAGUUCCAGCAAAGGUCGCCUCUGCUACCACCGGGACUGGUUGCAGCGGGGGGAGGAUGUUCUAGAAGAAUGCCUGUCUCCUCCCAAGCUGUCUCCUUACUCUGGAUGGGUGGUGGAUCAUGUCCUACCCUACACACAGGAGAGUCUCGCUCCCCCUGAGACAUCGUCCUCGGGAUCGGCAUCUGCUCUAGACCAACCCUCACUUGUCCCCAGAUCUCCCGUCCAGAGCGCUGCCUUCUCUCCAGCCUCCCCCACAGCUCUGGAUGUACCCAAGGGCAAACAGGAGUCUCAGCCUACAGAAUCCAAGGUGUUGAAGUCCUCUCGUGGGAUCAAUGUGGAAGUCUGCAUCCGGAUGUACGAACUGGUGCACAGAAUGCGGGGGACAGAGGGCCUGCGGCAGUGGCAGGAGGAGCAGGAGCAGAGGGUGCGCGCCCUGUCGGAGAUGGCGUCGGAACAGCUGAAGCGCUUUGACGAGCUGAAGAUGCUGAAGCAGCACAAGGAGUUCCAGGAGCUGCAAGAGGUGAUGGAGAGGAGCACCAGGGAAGCCCUGGGCCACCAGGAGAAGCUCAAAGCAGAGCAUCACCACCGAGCCAAGAUUCUCAACCUGAAACUGCGUGAGGCCGAACAGCAGCGCCUGCGCAAGGAGGAGCAGGAGCGCCUGCGCAAGGAGGAGGGCCAGGGCCGCCUGCGGAACCUCUACGCCCUGCAGGAGGAGGUGUUGCAGCUCAACCAGGAGCUCGAAGCCUCUGCCUGCAGUGCCUCUGACCUGCACAGGGACCUGCUGCAGGUCGACCUGGCGGCCUUCCGCACCCGUGGCAACCAGCUAUGCAGCCUCAUCUCCAGUAUCAUCCGCACCACCUCGGAGAGUGGCUACCCCACGGUGGAGAACCAGGCUGAAGCCGAGCGGGCCCUGCAGGAGAUGCGGGACCUGUGCACCAGCCUGGGCCAAGAGAUCAGCAGAGCCUGCCAGGACAAGAGACAGGAGGAGGAGGCGUCCCAGGCCAAGCUCCAGGAGUCACAAGCGCAGCAGGGGCGGCUGGGGGCCACUCCACAGGCAGCAGGUCCCAGCCAGAGCUUGGGCAGGACUCAGAGUGAAGGCUUGCAGGUGAAGGUGCAGGAGAGUACGAUGCAGUGGUACCAGCAGCUGCAGGAUGCGGCUGCCCAGUGCGUGUCAGCCUUUGAGGGUCUGACCAGCAGCAAGGACACACAGACCAAGAAGAUAAAGAUGGGCCUGCAGAAGGCCGCCACCAUCCCUGUGAGCCAGAUCUCCACCAUUGCAGGCUCGAAGCUGAAAGAGAUCUUUGACAAGAUCCACAGCCUGCUGUCUGGAAAGCCUAUCCAGUCUGGUGGGCACUGCGUGUCGAUCACACAGAACCCGCAGGGCCUAGACUUCGUGCAGUACAAGCUGGCCGAGAAGUUUGUGAAACAAGGCGAGGAGGAGGUGGCCUCCCACCACGAAGCAGCCUUCCCCAUCGCGGUCGUGGCCUCUGGCAUCUGGGAGCUGCACCCCACCGUCGGGGACCUCAUCCUUGCCCACCUGCACAAGAAGUGUCCUUACUCUGUCCCUUUCUACCCAGCGUUCAGGGAGGGCAUGGCUCUGGAAGACUACCAGCGAAUGCUUGGCUACCAAGUAAAAGAAUCCAAGGUGGAACAGCAGGACAACUUUCUGAAACGCAUGUCUGGGAUGAUCCGUCUCUAUGCUGCCAUCAUCCAGCUCCGGUGGCCCUAUGGGAACCAGCAAGCUACUCACCCUCAUGGCCUGAGUCACGGCUGGUGCUGGCUGGCACAGGUUGUGAACAUGGAGCCUCUGUCUGAUGUGACAGCCACCAUCCUUUUUGACUUCUUGGAGGUGUGUGGCCAUGCCCUCGUGAAGCAGUACCAGGCCCAGUUCUGGAAGAUGGUACUUCUCAUCAAAGAGGAAUACUUGCUCAGAAUCGAAGCCGUCACAAGCUCGGGACAGAUGGGCUCCUUCAUACGCCUCAAGCAGUUCCUGGAGAAAUGUUUGCAGCGCAAGGAGAUUCCUGUCCCCAAGGGCUUUCUGACUUCUUCCUUCUGGCGCUCCUGAGGUCCUUUCGUCGCCUGCCGUCUCCAUUGUGUUGCAGCAGUAAUAAAGUAACGGGAGGCAGCUGUGUUUGGAAGACGUUGUA